UCUGUGCAGACUGAGAGGGAGGGAGAAGGAGAGAGAGGGAGAGGAGAGGGUGAGAGAGGUUUCUUCUCAGUAGUUCCUCCUCUCAAUCUGAUACCGGCAGGCUGUCUUGUGUUUUUUUUUUUCUCUCUUCCCUCCUCGGCUGCGGUGAAACUUCCACCAGGUUGUGACAGCCAUGACGACGGUGUGUUUGAGGCUGCUUUUGCUCCUGCCUUUGGUUUGCUGCGUGCCCUCCCCCUCAAAAGCACCGUCCAGGCUCUGCAGACGAUGCUGCGACCAUCCAGAGCCUUCAGCAGCCACGGCUCAGUAUCAAAUGCCCGAAGUCCGAACCGUCAUCAACAUGACCAUCCUCAAAGGUGAUAAAGGAGACAAAGGAGACAAAGGCACACCUGGGAAACCAGGUCUAGAGGGCCCUCCCGGCUCCCGAGGACCCAUGGGCACUAAAGGCAGCAAAGGCCAGGCAGGUGCUCCCGGUGACGCCUGCAAGAUCCCUCACUCUUCCUUCUCGGUGGGACGUCGCAAGUCCCUGCACAGCGUGGACUACUACCAGGCGCUGAUAUUCGACACGGUGUUCGUCAACCUCCACGAGCACUUCAACAUGUUCAAAGGCAAGUUCUACUGCUACGUGCCAGGGAUCUACUUCUUCAACAUCAACAUCCAUACCUGGAACUUCAAGGAGACCUACCUCCACCUGAUGCACAACGACAAGGAGCAGGUGAUCCUGUACGCUCAGCCUAGCGAGAGGUCCAUCAUGCAGAGUCAGAGCGUCAUGGUGGAUCUGGCUCUGAACGACGAGGUCUGGGUGCGGCUCUACAAGAGGGAGAGGGAGAACGCCAUUUACAGUGACGACGUGGAUGUUUACAUCACCUUCAAUGGAUACCUGGUGGCACCAAGCAUCCAGUGAAGAUGUCCCAGAGCAUUGGCAGAAUGUCUGGGUUGGAUUGUUCAGUCUUUUUUUUUUGCCAUGAAUACUGCUUGGUGGCAAGAAAGAAGAACCAAAUAAAGAACAUUACAAGUAUGGUGCUUAUGAAAUACUCCUUUCAGGAUGUGGAGGGAGAUGCUGUGUUUUCGUAAAUAAGGACUCCCCAGAAAUGUUAAAAUCUAAAAUCUAAAACCAAGGUAGCACAGCACACAAUUAGGUCAAAUGAUGGCAUACUUCUUUUGCACUAAAGAUAUGUUUUUUUUUAGUAUAAAGUAAAUCAAAGUAUUAUCAUCAUUGUCUCCUGCUUAUGUGCUGCGCUGCGUUCCUUCCUGGAUCUCUCCUUUCAGGGACUUUGUGUACAAACACAAGUUGUAUCAGGAAUCUGUGCAAUCAGUUUUAUGCAGUAUUUGUGGUGCAAUACAGGCCAAAUAUCUGUCAGACUGAAGUGUGUUCAGACAGACUGCUGUCAUUGGGGAUGCACGAUGUUAGAUCUUUGCUGGUAUAUUUUCCUCCAAUUACCGAUACGCACAUGCAUCUUCGUCCUAAUUGCAGACAACAUCAGAUCUGUCCUGUCGUGGAAUUAACAUAUUAUUAUGCCUUAUCAUGUUGGCCCCCCUGGCAGGUGUAGAUACACAUUUACUAAGCAAAAUAAGAACAUCAACUUGUUGUGGGACAUUUUCAUACACUUGUAGCCUUAAGGGCAUUAUCUGACUGUCAGUGUUCAUUUGGAGCUGAUGCUGAUAUUUAGUUUAUCAGCUGAUGCUGGUGCUGAUAUCAUCAUGCAUCCCUAACUGUCAGAGCUUUAUCAAAUGUCUUCUUUGUGCCAUUUGGAAGAACACUUGAAAAGGGCAGUUCAUCGGUAUUGCAAACAGAACAUUGUUCCACUUACCCCAGAUACACCGUCUGGGAUAAGAGGGACACAGAUAGUUCAGGUUUUAUUUGCUAAAGCUAAGAGAUUCACCAUCCCAGUAUAAUGAUGCUGCACAGUGACACAUUAAGCUACUGCAGGAAGUUUGAAAGCAUCUCCGACUAUCUCCUCACAGCCGUAGAGGUUUCAUGUUUUGUAGACAUCUUCAUGAGUCCAUGACUCAGUCGAAAUUAUGUGUCUCAUACCCAAGAAGAUCUGAGUGGAUUCCAACAUGCUCAGUGUCUACAUGAAAAUGACUAUCCUCUGUCAGUCUGUAGCCCAGUUAGCAACAGAAUGUUUAAUCAAAAUUAGGUCAUUUCUAUAAAUUAGUCACUGAAAUAUGAUUUUUUAUUUUUUUAAUGACUCUACAAUGGUCCCUAGAAAAUUCCUAUUAUAUUCUUGUUCUAUUUGACCACUUGCUAACUGGUAGCGGAUUAUGAUGCCGCCAAUGUUUGGUUAGCGUUUUGGAUCACGUCCAGUAAUCCUUUAGUUUAUUUGAAACAGUUCUUUGUGUACUCGUGGUCCCUUCAGAUGUGGUCUCUUUCAUCAGUACAUUUGUUAGUUUUGGAGGUGGUUUUUAUACAGUUUAAAUCAGUGAGGACUUCUGGAGCCAAACCCUCCAUGAUGUCAGGUUGACUUGAAGAUUUUUUUUCCAUUCGUCCCUCAUAAGUGCAGGUGAGAGAACGUCCUGUUAACCUUCUCUGUAGGUAACUGGUUUGACUCCAGGGCUGCAACUGGGAAUUUAUUUCAUUGCUGGUUUAGCUGUUAUCUAUUUUCUCAAUUAAUCAAUCGGUUCUUUGGUUAAUAAAUAUCAGAAGGUGGUGAGAAAUGUCAACCAGAGUCUCCCAAAACCCAAGAUGUCACCCUCAAAGGUCUUGUUUUGUUCAUAUUUAGUUUAACAUCAUAGAGGAGAAAAGAAACCAGAAAAUAUUUAAAUUGUAAAAGCUGGAAUCAAUGGAUUGACAACUAAUCGAUUAAUUGAUUACUUGUUGCAGCUCCAUUUGACUCAAACAUCAAACUUCCUCGUGUGAUUGUGAUGGUGAAUCCUCUAUCUAUGACCAAUCCAGUCUUCUCUACGUACUGUUGGCAGUUCCAUUUUGUUUUUAUGUCAAAGCUUGCAGUAUUUUUUUUUUUGUUUGUUUUAUAAUUUUAAUGAACUGACCAUGUAUACACAUCCCAGCAUAUCAAAAUAAACAACUAAGGUGCUUUUGUCAUAAAAUGCAGGAAUGCAUUUGGGGUUUGACAGUUAAACAGAGACUUCAAACUGCGGAGCAGUUUAUGUAAAUACCUGUAUAUUAUCUGUUUUUAAUAGCUUUAAUACGUGUUACCACUUAUGCCAUUGGGGCUUGUCUGUGUGUUCAUAUUUGUAAACAGUAUUUCCUCCUUCACAAGUCUUUUCUUAUUCUGUAUCCCUGAGCAACAAAAUGACAAUUAUUAGAAAUUAAAAGUUUCAUAAUUUCACAUGAAA